AUGCAUUUCACAACAUCUUUCAUCGCUGCCGCAGCAGCCUUCCUGCCUCUUGCUAGCGCUCACGUCAAGAUGGUAACCCCUUCAGUGUAUGAAGUUAACAAAGAUAACGCACCGCUAGAUCCUAGUGGAGCAAACUUCCCCUGCAAAUUUCCUGGUGGCGUUGGAUCAAGACAGGCUCCAAAUGCAUUGGAUACCUAUACUCCUGGUGUCUCUGGUUCAUUCAAGCUUCUCGGUGGUGCAACCCACGGUGGUGGAUCCUGUCAAAUUUCGAUAACCUACGACAACCCUCCCACGAAAAACAGUGUCUUCAAGGUUGUUCAGUCAUAUGAGGGUGGCUGCCCAAUAGUCGCUUCCGGAAACCUUGGUGGUGACGCCUCUAUGCAACUCCCAGUACUUCCAGUACAACUCCCACAAGGUCUUAAGGCCGGCGAGGCCGUUUUCGUUUGGACUUGGUUUAACAGAGUCGGAAACCGAGAGAUGUACAUGAACUGCGCUCCAAUCACCAUUGGAGGCUCAGGAUCGUCGGAUUCCACUUUCAACUCCCUUCCCGAUAUGUUCGUUGCCAAUAUCAACGGAGCUAAGAAUAACGCCUGCACAACUAAGGAGAACUUGGACAUUAUUUUCCCAAAUCCUGGAUCGAAUGUUAGAGUUGUUGACGAUGGCCACUUCGGUGCAGCUUGUGAGGGCGGCCCCAGCACCCCUGGAAACUCUGGUAGUGCUCCAGUUGGUGGCGGUGAAGAGACUGUUCCAUCCUCUACUGCUCAACCACCGUCUGUUAUCACUCAACCUGCUCUUAUUGGUGGCCCAGCUGUCAGUGUCAGCAACAUUAUCAUUGCAACUUCUUUCAGCGAUAUUGGUAGCCCAUCCGAAACUCCAGUUCCUCAGCCGGUUGAGACUGAGGCACCUUCUCAAGUCGCACCACCUCGAACUACUCUCGUGAGAGUCUCAACUACUGUUGGUAUGCCUAUGAAACCUGUCAAACCCACCCCAACACCAAGCAAGGGCAACGAUGGGUCCAAGAAUGGAUCUGGUACCUUCCAGGUUGGCCCAUGCGACUCCUCCAAGGUUAUCAUCAUCUGUGGCUCCGACCCAUCUAGCUACACCCAAUGCUUCGACAACAAUAUGGCCUACGGACCAUUCGCUGUCCCGCCUGGCACUGAGUGUGACAGCACUGGUAUGGGUGGAUUCAAGGCCAUGAAGCCAGUUUCCAGCCGAUUUGCCCGACGCUACCUUGGUCGCAACCACCGAAGAAGUUUUGUUCACUCUCACAGCUUCUAA